CGAUGAUGAUAAUUAUGAAGAAGAAGAACCUACUAGUGAAGAAGUACAAGAUGUUGAGUUUUCAGAAGAAGAAUCACUUAAAAUUGAAGAGUUGUUAAAUCUUGACGUGGCUAAUUUUACAAAUGAUUUAGGUGAAGUAAUUCUUGAUACUGGGUUUGAUAAAGGAACCAGAAAAGUAGUGUCAGCUAGUUUUAUUGUAGCAACAUAUGAAUAG